AUGUCGCGUAAAGCUAAGGUUACUUCUAUCAUGGUUCCUGAACUUUUUCGCGAAUCAUUAUCCAAAUGGCUUUUGCGUAAGGAUGAUGUUGAACUUUUAAAGAAGUUUGAUAAAGUUGUGUCAGACUCUCCAAAAUCAUUUCCCUUAGAAGCAUUUUUACUUGAUGCUGCCGAAAUUACAGCACAGUCCCCAUAUGAAUAUAAAAAUCUUUCAUCCUGA